AUGGCCAUCAGAAAAUCAAAUUACAAGUUGCCACAAGUGACAAUACUAAAGCAAAUUAUGAAAAGGUGUUGGAGUUUAGGUAAGAAGCUGAACGGGUACAAGUACAACAACAAGGACUAUUCUCCAAUUGGCGUACCAAAAGGACAUUUUGUAGUUUACGUAGGAGAGAAUAGAACUCGAUACAUCAUACCUAUUUCUUUUUUAAGUCACCCAGAGUUUCAAUGCCUCCUUCGUUGCGCUGAGGAAGAAUUUGGCUUUGAUCACGACAAGGGCAUCACCAUUCCUUGUGAAGAAUUCAUUUUCCAAUCACUCACUUCCAUUAUCCACUAG